AUGUCUUCAUCUCUGCCGCUGCCCUCUUUACCUCCAAGCCCUCUGGCCAUGGAGUAUCUCAACGACUUCGACCUGCUGAAGUUCGAAGUGAAGCCUGACACCCCUCCACCUCCUCCAGCCUGCCUUUACCCCAAACCAGGCGUCCAUCAGGAGACGGCCGGUUCUCCUUAUGCUCCUCACCCUCCUCCUGACUCCAGCCUCAGCUCCAGUCCCUACACCUCCCUUCCUCCGUCACCCACGCUAAGUGACGGACACCCGCCGCCAUCUGCGUCCUCCUCUUCCUCCUCUCUCUCGUUCCCGCUCUCCAUCUCCACCGGGUACAUGUCAGGCCAGAGCUCCGGCUCUCAAGGAAACCUGGACGGGAGCCCAGAGGCCGGAGGCCCCACGCCGUGCUCAAACCCCACCUCUUUGGAGGACCUGCUGUGGUUGGCUGCAUUGCAGCAGCAGUUCGGUGGGGAGCCCGGAGGAGCCGCGUCUCUGCUGGGAGCUCUUGGAGGAGUGCCGGACCGAGGGGACCGGGAUCGAGGAGGGUUCCUGGGAUGUGAAGAUGCAGUGGAGGCCCUGCUGAACUCUGCUGCAGCCGCCGUAACUUCACAGUUCCCAGUUUUGUCGCAGAGUUCGAGCAGCAGUCACAUGGGUGACUCCAGCAGCGACAGCGGUGUCGAUGUUGUUCUUAACAAGUCGUCAGACAUGUGUCACCGGCCUAUACUGGUCGUUUCUUCCACCCCUCCAUCUCUCUCUAAUGUCAACACAUCCACCAGUCCCUUCUCACAACCCCUCAGUCCACAGAGCCGCCUCCAUCACCCACACCAUCCAAUGCAAGGCCAUUAUCAUCAUCAUCAUCAUCAUCAUCAUCUGCAAGUCACUCAGUGCGGGAUGGAUGAGCGUUUUUCCGAUGAGCAGUUGGUAAGUCUGUCAGUGCGAGAGCUGAACAGGCAUUUGCGUGGGGUAAGCAAAGAUGAGGUGGUCCGUUUGAAACAGAAAAGACGGACGCUGAAGAACCGCGGUUACGCCCAGUCCUGCCGUUACAAACGCCUCCAGCACCGGCACGCGCUCGAGUCCGAGAAACACAUCCUCACACAGCAGCUGGAGCAGCUGCAGUGUGAGCUGUCCCGCGUGUUGAGAGAGCGAGACACGUACAAAGCUCGAUACGAGAAGCUCAUCAGUUCAACCGAGACUCAGCCUUCCCACCCCAACACCUCGCCUUCUCCUACUCCUCCGGAUUACUUUUUGUGACAAAAUGAACAUUGUACAGACGAGAAUUGAAGGAGAGCUGAUUAUUGUGAUGGGUGAAAGUAAU